AUGGAACUUCACUUGUACUAUGCUAUCAUCCUGAUUGGCAUAAUUGCAGGUGUAUUCAAGUUCCUAUUGUAUCCCGCAUUCUUCUCUCCUCUUGCAAAGAUUCCGAAUGCACACUGGUCUUGCAGUUUCAGUCCUAUCUGGAUUUUCUGGAUGAAAUGGUCGAAGCAGGAGAACAAUCGGAUUUAUGAGCUCCAUUUGAAGAAGGGCCCUACACUUCGACUUGCUCCGAACUUACUCAGUGUUAACUCUUAUGAUGGAUUGAAGAAAAUCUAUCAUGGAGGUUUUCCGAAACCGGACUUUUAUUUCAACGGAUUUGCCGUCUACGGGACCGACAAUUUGUUUACUAUCAAAGAUAAUCAAAAUCAUGCCGCACACAAGAAAGCCCUCGCAAGCUGCUUCACAAAGUCGUCUGUCAUGUCAUCCCAGACUGCCCGCAGCGCAUCACGAGAUAUCUUGUUUAAUCGCAUUCUUCCCAUGAUUUACAAAGCAUCCACGGAAGAUAAGCCGAUCGAGAUGAUGGACCUCACUUACUCAUACCUACUCGACACGUUUGUCUAUUGGCAGUUUGGGCGCUCCCUUGCCAGCAACUUGGUUGAAAAUGAAAAAGAAAGGAGAUUUUACUUGGAUGGAUUCCUUGGUGUGGCUGAAUAUACAUUCUGGCAAUACCACUUUCCUCGUCUAGUUGCUAUGCUCCAGAAAGUUGGUAUUCAUCUCAUCCCCAAGAGCGUCUUGGCUGCUUUUGAAUGGGUUGAGAAGUGGAAUCUGGAGAAAUGCGAUCAAGCCCAAGAACUCCUGGCAAGUGAGAAAGAUUUGUCAGUGGAUGAUCAACCCAUCGCAUUCGAACCAGCACUGAAAGGAAUGAGCGAGGUUCAUGCGAAGCCUAAAAUGUACCCUAACCGACUUCCGCUGGCAAGUGACAUGUUUUCUCUGAACUCCGGAGCAUUCGAGACAAGCGGUAAUACCUCCACCUACCUGCUGUACGAGUUGAGUCGACGCCCAGAGUGGCAGACCAAACUUCGCCAAGAGCUGCUCGGACUCAGCCCACCUUUGAGCCACGUACCCGGAAAAAGGGUUGAAGUGGAGAAUAUGACGAACCCCCAGGAUAUUGACAAGCUGCCGAUCCUUCAAGCUGUCUUGAUGGAAACCCUUCGACUGUGGCCUUCGGUGCCUGGUGGUCAGCCCCGGGUAGUACCGCGGCCUUGUACCUUGGGUGGCUACGAUGGAGUCCCGGCUGGAACGACUGUGCAAUCAUACGCUUCCGUACUUCACCGGAUGCCUGAUGUGUUCCCUGAGCCUUUGGAAUGGAAGCCGGAGAGAUGGCUCGAUUCAUCUCCAGAACAGUUGGCUCUUAUGAGAAAAUGGUUCUGGGGGUUCGGCAGCGGUGGAAGGAUGUGCCUUGGAAUGCAUUUUGCUUAUUACUCGAUAAAAUUCUUCUUUGCCAGCAUUUAUUCCAGUUUUACUACCACUAUUCACGACCACGGAGAUAUGGAAGCAAGUGAUGGGUACCUUGCAGGUCCGAAAGGUCACCGUUUGGAACUGAAAUUUCAUCUUCUGGAAUAG